AUGUACGACCAUAUGAAUAACUCUAUAUACAACUUCCUAUAUGACUCAGUGGUCAAUGCUUAUCUCAUCGAGCAGUGUGGACUGCAUCCACCAACAUCCUCGCAAUACGGCCUUGUCGUGCAUUCGCAUGGGGACUUCUUUGGCAGCAUAGCGUUUCCUGCUGUUGCCGAGCUUGCUCUCCGAGUCAACAAGCUCGGCAAGAGCAGUGUUACUUAUGAAGUAGCUCUUUUCGAGCGAGGGGUCGAAAAUGUCAAGGCCGUGGGAGAGUUGAUCCACGUCUUUGUCGAUAGGGGAACAGGCAGACCCGCCACGAAGGGGAUGUCCGAUAGCCUUAGGGAGGGUCUUCAGAAGCUUGUGGUGCCGCAAUUGAAGUUAUGA